GAUUUGGCUCCUAAAAUGAAUGCCUUGUUUUUGCCCAGGGGUCAUGGCACCUACGUUGAUGAAGAAAAGCUGACGGCAUCAGUGGCAGGAGAAGUGCAGCGAGUAGACAAACUCAUCUGUGUCAGACCACUUAAGACCAGGUUCAAUGGUGAGGUUGGAGACGUUGUGGUUGGGAGGGUAACAGAAGUACAACAAAAACGCUGGAAGGUGGAGACCAACUCCAGACUGGACUCUGUGCUUCUCUUGUCUUCUGUCAAUCUGCCUGGAGGAGAGCUGAGGAGAAGAUCAGCAGAGGAUGAGCUCACCAUGAGAGAAUACCUUCAGGAGGGGGAUCUUAUAAGUGCAGAGGUUCAGUCAGUCUUCGCCGAUGGAGCCCUUUCUCUUCACACUCGUAGUUUAAAGUAUGGGAAAUUGGGUCAGGGAGUGCUCGUACAACUGUCUCCUUCUCUGAUCAAAAGACAGAAAACACAUUUCCACAAUCUGCCCUGUGGGGCAUCUAUUAUUCUGGGGAACAAUGGUUUUGUUUGGUUGAAUCCCACACCAGAAAACCAGGAGGAAGACGCUGGAGGCUUUUACACCAGUUUGGAGCCUGUUAACCUUUCAGACAGAGAAGUUAUUUCACGGUUAAGAAACUGCCUACUGGCUUUGGCUGCACACAAGGUCCUCUUGUAUGACACCAGUGUUCUUUACUGUUAUGAGUCUUCACUUCAGCAUCAGGUGAAGGACAUCUUAAAACCAGAAGUGAUGGAGGAGAUUGUAAUGUUGACACAACAGAAGCUGCUGGAGCAGGAGGGUUAGGAAGGGGAAACUGAACCAGAAGAUCACACCAAGCAUCAUUUAGUUGAAGUAUACAGUACCUAAAGGAGCGCAGCAUUCUCGUAUCACUUGAUCUUUCCAAUUUUGGAACACUCAAUAUUUUUGUUAUCCAGACAGAAUUGUUUAAUACAAUAAAUAUUUCACAAUUUUCAA